AUGGGAAAGGCGCCGCCUAGGAAGAAAGCCAAAGUGGAGGCUACCGCUGAGGACGAGCAGGGCGCGCCUACUCCCAGGGGCGAGGACGCCUCAUCUGGCCCAGACGCCGACACGCCGGCCCCCGCCAGCGCCCGCCCCCGCCGCGGCGGCGGUGCCGCUGCCGCCGCCGCCGAGCAGCCGCCGCCGCCCCCUGGCGACCAGCCCGCGCGCCGCCACCACCGGCGCCAGGGCGGCGCCGGCACGACGAGCGCGCAGCAGGAGGCCGAGGGGGUGUCUGGCGGCAAGCAGGCGCCGCUGCAGCCGAUUGGUCAGGCUUUCCCGGGCCGGCGCGGCGGCCCCAAUUACGCGGCGGACAGCGAUUCUAUCAUGGAGGCAGUCGUCAAGGUGUUCUGCAUCCACACGGAGCCCAACUUCUCCCUGCCGUGGCAGCGCAAGCGGCAGUACAGCAGCAGCAGCAGCGGCUUCAUCAUCCAGGGCCGCCGCAUCCUUACCAACGCACACUGCGUCAAGGUCAAGCGGCGCGGCAGCGACAAAAAGUUCGUGGCCAGCGUGCUCGCGGUCGGCACAGAGUGCGACAUAGCCAUGCUCACGGUGGAGGACGAGGAGUUUUGGCGGGGGGCGGAGCCCGUUGAGUUUGGUGACCUGCCCUCACUUCAGGCCGCGGUCACGGUGGUCGGAUACCCCAUAGGCGGCGACACGAUGAGCGUCACCAGUGGCGUGGUCAGCCGAAUUGAGGUGACGUCAUACGUCCACGGCGCUGCUGAGCUGCUGGGCAUUCAGAUCGACGCGGCCAUUAACAGCGGCAACAGCGGCGGCCCGGCCUUUGACGCGGCGGGGCGCUGCGUGGGCAUCGCGUUCCAGAGCCUGAAGCACGAGGAUGCGGAGAACAUCGGGUAUAUCAUACCCGUGCCCGUCAUACAGCACUUCAUAACGGACUACGAGCGCAAUGGGGCCUACACCGGCUUCCCCUGCCUAGGCACAGAGUGGCAGCGCAUGGAGAACCCUGACCUCCGCAAGGCUCUGCUCAUGAAGGCACGCAGCCCCACUCAUAUGGGGCUUCUGUUACCGGACAUGAAGGGCGUGCUGGUGCGGCGCGUGGACCCGACCGCCCCCGUGUCCAAGGUGCUGCGCCAGUUUGACAUCCUCAUGGCCUUUGACGGCGUCGCCAUCGCCAACGACGGCACCGUGCCCUUCCGCAGCGGGGAGCGCAUCUCAUUCAGCUACCUCGUUAGCCAGAAGUACACGAACGAGAGCGCGACCCUCAAGGUGCUGCAGGGCGGCAAGGAGCGCACCGUGACGGUCAACCUGCAGGCCCCGGUGCGCCUCAUCCCCUUCCACAUCAAGGGCAAGCCGCCGUCCUACUUCAUCGUGGCGGGGCUGGUGUUCACCGCGGUCAGCGUGCCCUACCUCAAGAGCGAGUACGGCAAGGAGUUUGACUACGAGGCCCCGGUGCGGCUGCUGGACAAGAUGCUGCACGCGCAGGCGGAGCGCCCUGACCAGCAGGUGGUGGUGCUCAGCCAGGUGCUGGCCGCGGAGACCAACAUAGGAUACGAGGACAUGCUCAACACCAGCGUGAGCGCGGGGGCCGGCACAUACGCGCGGUCUGUCACCAUUUCAUUGCGUGCCGCGGGUUAUCCUUUGGUGAAGUCAUCGGCUUAA